GUUCUGUGGAUAAAAAAAUAUAAUAAAAAAUUGAUGUUGAACAUUUUUCAAGAAGAUCUCUAUGUUUUCUACUGGAAUCAAGCAAUGGCUUCAGUACCUUGACAAAUGAACUUUGGUUAUAAUCAUCUUGGUUGAGUACCUGUAGUUACAGAGAGGCUCAACUCAGUUGAAUGGACUGGGGUUAUAUGGAAAGAAAGGAGAUUUAAUAUGGGCAUUCGUAAUCCUUAAACCAAUAGAAAUAGAAAACAUUCUUGAACUGGCUAAGCAUAUUGAGGUUGGAAUUAAAUAUGUAACAACUCAUUGAUUUAAUUCCAAUCGAAAUAAGGAACAAGACUUGGAGGAAAAUUUUCUAAUUCACCAUCUUUUAGUAUAUGUAAAUAUUAAUAAGUUCCCGACAGUACCAAACUUGAACCUUUAGGCAAUAUGGUUUGUUUCCUCUGCUUAUCUAACCUGACAUCUAAUAUAUGGAUUGAUUUUCCUCAGCAGUCCGCAACUGAACACUGGGCAGGUAUUGUUACAGGUAACCAUGAGAUCCUUCUCUGGGACAUCAAUAAUGGAAAAGCCUUACAGCCACUGUCCAGGUUGUAUUCACCGCACAGAAAGACAUGGAUCUUUCAGUUUUGCCAAAUAACAAUCACCCUGACAAAUUCCUGCAACUUGAAGUGAAAUCUUUGGUAAACAACUCUGCACUUCCUCAAGCUAAUUUCCCAUUAUUACCAGGUGGCAAUUAUCCAGUUGUGCAGCACUGGGAUAAUCUGGUCUACUCACAGAGAGAAAAGCGAAAUGUUGCUGAGCAGCUUGGUGGCAAAUCAAAUAUGAAAGACCCAAUGAUUAUCAAUUGUAUUCUGGGUGGACAGAGUACGUCUACUUUCAAACUGAAGAAUAAUCCUUUAUAUGGGGACAUAAGGCUAGAAGAAGCCAUGGAAGAAAGAAAACAGAGCCCUUCUUGGACUGUCCAAGACUAUGAUAAGAAUUCUUUGCAAUGUAACCUCUCUGGCUAUUUGAAGGAAAACCCUAAUGAUCUACGGUUUUGGUUGGGGGACACAUACACACCUGGAUAUGACGCCUUGUUGAAAAAGAAAGAACGACAAUGGAAGCAAUCUAAAUAUUGCCGAAUAAGCCUGAUUGUGUUGGUUAUUGCUUGUAUUUUGGUUUCUGUAAUUACUGUUUGCAAUCUCCUUACCUGAAUAAUAUGCCAUAGCAAAACUGAGCAUGGAAAAGUUCUCUUUCAAUAGAAAUUUGCAUUAAUAUGUAUUCCUAUUUUAGUCCUGUUUCAAUGCUGCACCUUGACAUGAAGGUGAACAUGAGUUUUUUUUUUUAAUAAUAACU